AUGGCAACGCUGGAAAGCUACUACAAUCUGCAAAAGCAUCUGAUAUUAACGUCGAAAAUUGUAGGAGUCGAGGUCUGGACCGAUCCCGCGAAGUUCAAACCAGCAUCGUGUGCCGUGAUCAUUCAGCUGUUCUUUUAUUUUGGCUGCAACACCUACACUGUGCUCAAAUACCGAAAUGACUUUAUUUAUGUGCUGAAGAUCCUCAUCACGCUUGGACCAGCGGUACAGCUUUUCAUGAAGUUUCUCGUGUUUUUCUGGAAAAUGGUUGACUUCAAAAGUUACGGCGAACUGAUCGAGCGGCAAGUGUUGGAACCUUUCCAGAAAGGCACUCCUGAAGAGGUGGCCGUUCUAACGAAGACGGGUCGUCUGCUUUGGCGCAUAUUUCGUCUAUUGUUGGUAUUGUUAAUAAGCACAGGAGUCGCCUUUUUGUUGUAUCCUAUGUUUAUGUACAUGACACAGGGUGAAACGGUGCCACUGUUUCUCUACGAGCUGCCAUACUUCGAUUUGCAUUCAGCUGCUAGGUAUUUCCUAAACCUGGCCUUCCAGUUUCAGCUCUACGUAAUGGGUCUACUUGGGUCACUGUUGACCGAUUUUGUGUUCGUAAUGUAUAUUAUGUACGCCAUG